AAUUUUACUAGUGUGCGUAGUUGAGUCGUGUUUCGAUGUUGAUCACGACUUGUGUGCGUAAAUUGUUACGACGACGAAUGUGCACGGUUGUGGUGCUCCGAAGUUUUUCGCCGAUUUUGUUAUAAUAUUACAAGAAAAAUACGAAAAAUUUUCACAAAAAGAUCAUUAUAGUUCAGUUUCAAUAAACCAUUAAUCUAAAUAACUUUCUUUGCUGUAAUCUAUCAGUGUUUUGAAUCGUAUGUGUACGUUGCUAUAAUAAGUGGUGUUGCAUUUUGUUUAUUUAUAGACAGUCGCAAUUUGCAGUCAUGUAAUUUUACUUGUGGCGCUAAAAUGUCUCAAAGGGAUACAGCAAUUCACCUUGUGGCGGGAGGUGUGGCGGGCACAGCGGGCGCCGUAGUGACAUGUCCACUGGAAGUUGUUAAGACUAGACUACAGUCGUCCAAGGGGGUCGGUGUGCCGCCAUCACAGCCGCCGCCCUCCGACAGUGCUUCUAAUGCGAAGAAGAUCUGUUCUAAAAUACCUAAACAUCAGGAGGCAAAAUGGGGCUACAGGCGUACCAUGGGCGCCAUGUUCGCAUACAGCAAGCAGGCAGAUCGUAUGCUGAUGUCGUACAAUUGCCAGGUGCAGCAGUGCGCACGCGCAGGGCACGCCAGGACCGCCUCUAGAAUGAGUCUCAUACAGUGCAUCAGGCACAUAGUCCAAACGGAGGGUCCGAGGGCGCUGUUCAAAGGACUUGGGCCUAACAUUGUGGGUGUGGCGCCGUCACGCGCGAUCUACUUCUGCACAUACUCGCAGGCUAAGGCUAUACUGAAUCAGCACAUACCUCCGGACACGCCGAUAGUUCAUCUGUCUGCAGCCAGCGCGGCAGGAUUCGUGUCGUGCACAAUGACCAACCCGAUAUGGUUCGUGAAGACUCGAUUACAACUCGACGGACAAAACGUGACGGCUCUGCAAUGCAUUAAAAGGAUAUAUGCUAAGUCGGGCAUCCGCGGCUUCUACAAGGGCAUCACCGCGUCGUACAUGGGCAUCAGUGAGACCGUGGUGCACUUCGUGCUGUACGAGGGCGUGAAGGCGCGCGUGGCGGCGGCGCGGGGCGCGGGCGGCGCGGCGCCGGAGCGCUCGGCGAGGGACUUCCUCGAGUUCAUGGCCGCCGGCGCCUUCUCCAAGACCGUCGCCUCGUGCAUUGCUUAUCCGCAUGAAGUAGCAAGGACGCGACUGAGAGAAGAAGGCGACAAAUACCGCAAGUUCUGGCAAACUCUACACACGGUCUGGAUGGAGGAAGGUUAUCGCGGCGUAUACAGGGGCCUGGGAACCCAGCUAGUACGACAGAUACCUAACACGGCAAUCAUGAUGUCCACAUACGAAGCUGUGGUGUACCUCCUGACAACACACUUCAACAGUUCCUUCUACGAGAACACUUAGCAACUGCCCGGAGCCCGACAGGCUUGUAUGUGAAGGUAGAAGCUUAGAAGAUGUGUAGAGGCUGAAGUGUCCCCUUGUGUUGCGAGUGCUGUUAGCGCCCAGUGUUUUAUAAAAUUCUAAGCGAUGCUGGCCAUUGCCGGAAAUGGUCUUGAGCGCUGUUGGGAGUCAGAUUGUGCUAAUAAGUCACAAAAUGUGCUUUGCAAAAAAUACCUUAAACGUUUGAAAUAAUGUCCUAAAAUACUUAGCAAUCAGCCAAUUUCGCGAACGCAAAGUACACUACGGUGCCUUUAAUUUAAAUCUCUCAGUGGCCUUAAUAGCCCCUGGCCCUUACACCGGCUACCCUUUCUCGAGUUUAUGUUAAGUUGAUACAUCUCGAACAUCGACGAAUAAUUUUAUUCGAUUACAUAGAUUAUAUGAUAAACUAUGUAUUAACUAGGCAACAAUGAGGCGCAACGUGUUGCUCAACAUGCUUAGCAAUAACGCGCCAAUAUUUAACAUGCAUAUAAAUUCGGAACACAUGGAGGCUGAAUAUAGCCGAGGAUUCCGCACGGCGCACCACACAAUAGCUUGAAACUUGACAUAGUUUUAUUAUUUGCUGUAUGUUGUACAUUUAAGUCUACAUUCUACAUUACAAUCACCCUAAUUCAAAACAUUGUAUGUAUUACUAUUUUUUAUUAUACUGUCGCUGAAGAAAAAGAGAAAAUUUCUUGUAACUUCCUCAAUUCUUACUUUUAAUUUUAUUUCAUAAUGUCUCCUUUCAAAAAUUGAGUCGCCUGCCUAUUACGUAUCAAAGGAUAGGUUCCUUGGAAUCUUUUACGGUACAUAUCCCUUAAAAAAUAUACACGUCGUAUUCACAAAUUUGAAUGUACCGCGUUGCGCCUAGUUGUUGCUUAGAUAAUACAUAGUUAGUGACUGAUUUUAAAUAUUGUCUGUAAUCAAUCACAUAAAGAAUGGACUGAGUAUUUCUACUUCCUAUCCAGUUGUCAAGCGAACACAAGCAGAAAAGUGCAAAUGAAACAAAGCGAUCGAGCGGCUUAUAAACAUAGAAUGUGUACACUAAAGACUAAUAGAAAGGAGAGUAUGAGUCGUACACUUGAUGUGUCACUUCCUACAGUGAUCGGUUAAUGAUCCUGCUGCUCAGUAUAUUCUGUAUGUGAUUGUAAUUUAUAACAGUCACACUGAUUAUGUUUAAUACAUUUCUAUGAACACAUUAGAUUUUAAAUUACGUACUUAGAAAGUUUUGUUUGGAUAAAAUGUUAAAAGUUGAUUACUGUUACGCCCAUAGAAUAUAGCUGUUUCAUCAAAGUUAUUUACAACAUAGUUUUAUAUGUGAUUCAUAGAAUGAAAAUACUGUGUAUUGUGUUGUCUUAAAUAUAGUGAUUGUCAGUGUUUACAAAGUUCCAUAUAUUUACAAAAAUAUUGCAUGUUUACUACAAAAUAAAAUCUAUGUUCGGACUGGUGUGAGGAUGCUAUCAAAUGGACUGUAUGCUUAAUUGCGUUACUUAACUGAGCAAAGAAAAUGCAAUAUGUUACUCUAUUGUAUGUAGAAUGUGCGAGUUACUCAAUUGGACAAGUUAUCUGUGUAAUGUUCAAGUCAGUGUGAGCAAUUGAGUUCAGACAUAUAGUUUGUUUGUUAGCAUGUGACACAAAUACAUUUAAGAAAAACAAAUAUACACAUUUCCUAUCAUGUUACCCAUGUUUAUAUUUUAUCAUGUUCAUAUGAAAAGUUAUUUUGAAGAAAAUGCAUUCUUAUCAUGAAAAAGUUUAAUAACGUAAAAUAAAUCAUUGUUUUAGUCAUAGUUUCUAGUCUUGUAAAUGUGGCCAGAUUGUAAAAUAAUACCCAUUUUCUUAAAAAUUACCAUCGCACAAAACUGUAUGAUGUUGAAACAGUUAACAUGAAAAGCUUCUUUUUGCCUUCUAAAAUCAACUUAUUAACUAGUCAGCACAAAAAGGUUUUGAUAAUUAAUACAAAAGUUUUCAAUGCAGCUAUUCACCGUCUACUUUUAUGGAACUUGUAAGUAUAGUCUUGGAUUUUUGACCAUGCCUUAAAUAUAUUUUUGUAGUCUGCUUUGUUAUAGUACAAACAUAAGACUUGUUUAUAAGAAACUUGAUGAUCAUGUAGUCCUCUUGCAUAAAAUAGUAAGAAGCUGUGAUAUAGCAAGUCUAAAUAUUAGUUAUGGAUAUAUUUACGCACAUGUUUAUUGCUUAUGUUAUUCUUGAUAGCACAUUUUGGGCGUGUUAAAUUUUUACAUAGAUUUAAUUCAGUCUGUGAACCUAUUGUGUGGAGCCGGAUACGAAAAUUUUAUUGGUAUUUAAUUGUUGAAAUACCGUAAGUGAAUCUACUGUAGGCAUAAUGAGGUUUCCAGACAUAAGCUUAUCUUUUGUUACUUAUGUUAUUUUAGAGGACAAAUUUGGACUUAUGUCGGACUGAGUAUAAAAUACUAUUUGUUUAAAGAAUAAAUGAUUAUAAAAAUAUAA